CGGAGGUAGGGUUCACAGGGUGGCCGAGGUGGCGUGGGUGACUACCUCAGGGCAUGUCCGAGCCCCUCCCGCUCCUUCUGCCCAGAUGCCGCCUGAAUCUGAGCCGCGGAGUUUGCAGACUGCUUUGGAGUUCUUUGAAAUCGAGGAACAUGAUAAGAAGUUGGCUGAUUAUUUUUAUCCUUUUCCCCCUGAAGCUCAUAGAGAAGUGUGAGUCGACGAUCAACCUCAUUGUUCCUCCCACUGUGAAGCUGGAAGAUGGGAGCUCAGCCAGUGUCAGCAUCACCCUUCAGCAUCCGUUAAAUGCAACCUUGGUGAUCACUUUUGAAGUCACAUUUCGUUCAAAGAAUGUUACUAUCCUUGAGCUCCCUGAUGAAGUUGUGGUGCCUCCCAGAGUGACAGAAUCCUCUUUUCAAGUGACAUCUAAAAAUGUGGGGCAAAUGACUGUUUUUCUGCAUAGAAAUCAUUCCAACGAAACCGGCCCAAGAGUACACUUCUUGGUGAUCCACAGCAACGUCAUUAACAUCAUAAACCAGGUGAUUGGCUGGAUCUACUUCACAGCCUGGUCGGUCUCCUUCUACCCUCAGGUGAUCAUGAACUGGAAGCGGAAAAGUGUGGUUGGUCUCAGCUUUGACUUUAUUACCCUGAAUCUGACGGGCUUUGUGGCCUACAGCGUGUUCAACAUUGGCCUUUUCUGGUUGCCACACAUCAAGGAGCAGUUUUUCCUCAAAUACCCAAAUGGAGUGAACCCUGUGGAAAUUAAUGAUGUCUUCUUCAGCCUGCACGCCUUCGUCCUCACCCUGGUUGUCCUGGUGCAGUGCUUUCUGUAUGAGCGAGGCGACCAGCGUGUGUCCUGGCCUGCUAUUGGCUUCCUGGUGCUCGCAUGGCUCUUUGCGCUCAUCAUCUUGAUUUUGGCUGUACUCGGGGUAACCACGUGGCUGCAGUUUCUCUUCUUCUUCUCCUACAUCAAGCUCGCAGUGACACUGGUCAAGUAUUUUCCACAGGCUUAUAUGAACUUUGUCUACAAAAGUACCGAGGGCUGGAGCAUUGGCAAUGUGCUUCUGGACUUCACUGGGGGCUCCUUCAGCCUCCUCCAGAUGUUCCUCCAGUCCUACAACAAUGACCAGUGGACACUGAUCUUUGGAGACCCAACCAAGUUUGGACUCGGCAUCUUCUCCAUCUUCUUCGAUAUUGUCUUCUUCGUCCAGCACUUCUGCUUGUACAGAAAGAAACCAGGGCUUCAGGCAGCACCCACAGGUUCUGACAGCCAUCCCAAGCAGAUUGGAUGUUGAGCUAGGAGCUGAAAGUCGUCUUGCCCAAGCACCCAGUGUUUCAGGGAGCAGCCAAAGGACUGACCUUACAGCUGGGAGCGCCAAGGGCACUUUGGUGCUGCUGCUGUGUUUCUAAAGACGAAGCAGCCAGGUGCUGGUGCCAGAGGAGCUGGGACUUUGGGGUUAGGCCCUGGGGUCCCAUCUUUGAAGGCCACGUUAUCUAUAACUCAACUUUCACAACUGCAGUCACAGGUGGCCCCAGCCAGUGCCUAGUAGAGAAACAGUAUUUCUGGGUCUGGAGGUGCUCAAUAGAUUGGUUCUGAACUGGGCUCACACCCAAGGAGACCUCUGGAUCUUUAUCACAUUAACACCCCUUUUGGGUAUUCUGGAGGGAUGUUUUGGGAGUGGCUGGCUGCCUACCUCCACUUCUCCUGAGUCGGGGCCCCCUGUGAGCCCAUCCUCUGCCCGUGCCUUUGAGGCUUAUCCAACCUGCCAGACGGUGAGGCAGCUCCCCUGGGGGCAGGGCAGGCCUGCCUUGCCUUCGCUUCCCCAGGCCUCUAAGUCUCACCACUUUUUUGGAUGUUCAGGAGCCUUAGAAAAGAACUUAAAACCAACACACAAUUCUCAUGGGCCAACCCUGAUCCUAAAUCCCCUUCCCUCUCAACCCAACCAGUUGUCCUUCCUGGGUCAGGGCAGGGGGUGGGAGGUCGGUGCCAGGCGUGCCUUGUAUGUGCCUUGAGUUUGUCAGUCUACUCUCCUACUUUUUACUGUGAGAUCAGUGUGAGAGUGUAUAUCCUGAAUUAAAACCAGA